AUGUCCGCCCUGGCCCAACUUGCUGAGGGCAAACGCCUCUCGUCUGAAGAAGUUAUGAAAAUUGGGAAUGACGACCCUUCUCGCAAGGAUGAUGAGUUCUAUGAAGGCCAUUCCUCAGAGAGGAUCGGAGGGCUACGCCGCCGACUUGGAAAUCGCCAUAUCCAGCUUGUUGCCAUAGGUGGCUCUAUUGGCACCGGCCUCUUCAUUGCCAUCGGUACUGGGCUUCACAAAGGUGGACCCGCUAGUCUAUUGAUUGCUUUCGCCAUUGAAGCUAUCAUAGUAGGCAUGCUCAACAACUGCCUGGCUGAAAUGACCACAUACAUGCCGGUGAGCGGCGGCUUUAUCAGACUGGCAGGCCAAUGGGUGGAUGAAGCCUGGGGCUUUAUGGCUGGAUGGAACUUCUUUAUUUACAUGGCUCUCACCGUACCGUUCGAGAUAUGCGCUGUCAACUUACUCCUACAAUAUUGGCGAGAUGACAUCCCGGUCGUUGCCGUGAUUGUGGCAUGCAUGGUGGUCUACUCACUGAUAAAUCUCCUUGCUGUUGGUACCUACGGUGAGGCCGAGUUCUGGCUUAGCGGAGGCAAGGUCAUAUUAAUCUUGAUUUUGUUUGCGUUUACCUUCGUUACCAUGGUCGGUGGUAAUCCAAAGCGGGACGCUUAUGGAUUCAGACAUUGGCAAACCCCUGGCCCUUUUGCUGAAUACGCCACCGAGGGAACUCUCGGUCGUUUUGAGGGUUUCCUAGGUGCUUUGUGGAUUGCACUCUUCACUGUGGUCGGUCCAGAAUAUAUAUCCAUGGUUGCCGCAGAAGCAAAACACCCUCGAAUCUACAUCAAAAGCGCUUUCAAAACGGUGUACUGGCGGUUUGGCGUGUUCUUUGUCGGAGGUGCACUCUGUGUCGGCGUGCUCGUCGCCUACAAUGAUACCACCCUUGCGAACGCUAUCGAGAGCGGGGAGUCUUCUUCUGCUUCAUCUCCAUACGUUAUUGCCAUGCAAAACCUCGGAGUCGAUGUUCUCCCUCAUAUUGUAACUGCCCUGAUGAUUACUUCCGUUUUCUCUGCCGGCAACACCUACACAUACGCCGCUACUCGUGCGUUACACGGCCUGGCAGUUGGAGGGCAUGCACCAGGAAUAUUUGCUAAGACCACCCGCAAAGGUGUGCCUAUCUACAGCUUUAUUGUUGUGAUGGCCUUUGCGUGUUUAUCGUUCCUUCAAUUAUCUGGCAGCGCGAUGAAGGUACUGGAAUGGUUGAUUAGCCUAACGACGGCGAAUAUUCUCAUCGACUACAUCAUUAUCACCACCACAUACCUCAAAUUCUAUCAUGCUUGCAAGGCGCAGGGCUUUGACCGUUCAAGGCUUCCAUAUGUGGGAUGGUUUCAACCAUAUUGUGGCUACAUUGCCCUCACCUGGAUGGUCAUCAUGGCUGGUUGCUUUGGUUACGAAAGCUUUGCACCUUGGUCUACUUCCACCUUCUUCCUCAAUUACACCAUGAUACUACUAGCACCAAUCGUGUUCAUUUCCUGGAAGGCCUUCAAGAGAACCAGUUGGCUGAAACCUCGCGAGUUGGAUUUGACAUGGGAGGCUGAGCUGGUUGCAGCCUAUGAGGAAGCCGAGGAAGAGCAGCCCACUGGAUUUUGGAGAGAAAUGGCACGCACGGUUGACAUUCGAGGACUCUACCACAAGAGCACUACAGAAGCCUGA